UCUUACAACGACUAUUCGUUCGCCAUUAUCAUUACUGUGAUUUGAAAAUUUACAUGUAUAAGAAAUAAUUACUAAAGAUGAAAAAAAUUUUGCGUUCGACCAGUUUUAUGAUUAUAUAUUUCAUUAUUUUCGCUACUGCAGAAAAUUUUAAUGCAUUAUUGUUCGAUCGAUUUGGGAAAUCGUUGAUAGAACUACCAGAUGAAAUUUCAAACGAAGCGAAAUCUGGCCGGUGGGCAUCGGCAUGUCCAGCAAAUGAUAAAGAAGGGGAUCCUGAUAAAGAAUUCAACGAGAAGCAUUCCUUUUACGGAAAUGCUUUAUUUAUACGUGGCAUUUAUGACGAAGAAAAUCUGAAGGACAUUUCGAAAACCAUAUGCUCACAACCGUUCAAACUUUCAAUUGUAAUGUCUAAUCGGAAACCGUUACAUUACGAGUUUGGCUUCGAAAUCUACGUUAAUCAUUUGGACUGGAAUGCAGACAAUUUCAAAUGGUCUAAUAAAACGAAAUACAGGUCACUGAAAACUACUCUGAAAAUUCUGAGAGAUUCAAUAAACCCGCAGGAAGUGCUAGACAAAAGAUUGUUUCGAAUAACAGCAGGAAGGAAAGAUGAGGAUAAGGAUUUCAUAUGGAUACCUGUAUUCAGAGUGAGAUCUAAAAACAGACAACUCAAGAGGAUUGAAUACGAAAUCAGAGAAAAUAAUAGACAGCCAAAGUUAUUGUGUCAAGAUUAUAAUUUGGGAAAAGAGAUGUUCAACGAUAUUGAUGUAGAUAUAAAUACAUUCUAUUCAGAAAAAGCUCAAAAAGAAGCACUUCUCGAAGCGCGAUACCCAGUGAAAACUUGUGUCCCAAAAUCAGAAUAUAAGUGUCUUGAAAAAUGGUCAUUAAUUCCGGCAGACCAAUUUCAAUUUGGCACGUCUAAUCCUCCCACAUGUUCCAACAUGACAGCUAUACCAAUCUGGAGUAGCAAAGUGAAAGACAUAUUGCAAAAAUUGGAUGACUAUUUGUACCUGUUGUCUCAGAUUUCAGGCAAACCUUUACGUAUAAAUGCAGGAGUCCACAAAGUUCUUGAAAUGAAGACAAAAAGAACGGAACUGAAAAAAUUUAUACUACUGAAAAGUGAAAAAUUAAACCUUCAUGUACCGAAAUUAAUUUACAAAAUGGUCAAAUUCCAAGUAACCAAUUGUCAAAAUGAAGACCCUGGAUGUUGGCAUGGUAUCGUAAUAGUAAUCCACAAUGAUCCCAAUUUCAAAGAGAAAGAUUCAAUUUGUAACGAUAAAAGCGAGGAAUUAGGAUGGAAAGAGAUAAAAUAUGAAAAUCUAUCCACCGAUACCGAAGCAACCGAAUCCAAACACGUUUACGUUUGUCCAAUCAAUAAGACAACUUUGAAGAAAAUAGGAUUAAAAUAUGAUGAAAGUUUAUCUACUAUUCGAGAACUAUCGCUGAAAAAUUUCCCCACUGAUAAAGAUGCUACCGAACCUGAGGAUAAAGAUAUACGAUCCAAGAUUUUCAAAGAACUUGAACAAAUGAAAUCACCUCAAUCUGAACCUAAACUGGUACAAAAAAGUAACAAGGUGAUCGAGCGACCAUUCAUACAGUACGAUAAGUUUAGUACGUUGGAAUCAGUAGAGGAUGAAAAAGAUGGGAAUUACAUCAAUAAUGAUAAAAAAGACAAUGAUAAUGGUGAUAAUAAUAAGGUGGAAUCAAAAGAUGAGAAAGCAUUAGAAGAAAAUGCUGAUGAUUUCAUUUAUUUUACCCCGAAGCAAAAGUUUCAUUUUGACCGAUAUACGAGUAAUUACGAAGACUACGCGUCACCUGGGCAGGUGAUUGAAUCUACGAAAACAAUAUUCAGCAAAGGAAUAUAUUACGCUAAACAAUAUUUUCGUAUUAUUUUCCAAGCUGUAAAAAAAGCUGUUGGAUUUGGCCACAAGAAGUUGUUGCUGAAUGAGAAUAAAAUGGGGCUGAUGUGGCUGUAUUUAUUUCAAUUGAGGUUCGAUCUGACAAAAAAAAUUUUGGAAGUGACCUGGCACGAGAUUCAAGCUACCAAUAGAUGGACAACAGAGAACAACUGCAGAGAUUAUAGCUUAGGAUCUGAAGCCUACGAGGGCAUAGAUGUGGAUGCUUUAUAUGUUUUGAAUGAACCAGAAGAUGCAUACGAACCAAUCCACGUUCUAUCCGGAAUCACAGGUGAACACCAAUUCACCAAUAAAACAAGUUUGAAAAAAUCAACAUUAUACUUAGAUUCUAAAAAAAAUAAAAUCCCCGUACCGAACCUCAUUUAUAAAAUUGUCGAUUAUCAACUAAAAGAUUGCAAGCUACAGGAAAAUCGUUGCUGGUACUCGGCUAUUAUUGUGAUUCAUAAUGAUCCUUUCUUCAAACCCAGUGAUAAAAUUUGCUCCAAAGAUGUCACCCAAGCAUGGGGAUGGGACGAAAUAACGAAGGAUUCUGAAGGAAAUCAAUUCGACGAAAUUUACGUUUGUGAGAAUGUUACAAGAGUACAAAAGAAAUUAAAAAUGGAUGUUACAGAAAGAGUAGCCGGAGGUUUGGAUUUGAUAAAAUUCAAGUAUUCGAAAGAUGGCAGGAACGUUGAUGUGAAGUAUAUCAAAGGACUUGUGGAUGAAAAAUUUGAAAAAUUCUCCAAGGAAGGAGAGAAUUUUGAUCCUGUAAAUACCAAAAUGGUGAAACGAGUUCCUCCUCGAAGUAAUGUUUCUGAUGAUCUUGAAGACGACCAUGAGAUGUCGAAAGAUGAGGAAGCAUCAGGAAGAUAA